AAAUGACCCUAGAAUGGUGCCAUCAAUCCUUUGUAUGAUAUGAUCAAAGGCCUCUCUAGAUCUCUAAACAUUUCUUUUGCGUUGGCUCGCCUAUAUCAAAGGUCUCGUCUUCUCACCGGAUCGUUUGGUCAACUUGCCCAACAAUACUGGUUUGAUCCGCACAGUCUGUCUCAGAGAAUAUAUUGAUCGGAAUUAAUGCGGGGUUUAAAUAAGCAAGCGCUAACAGAUCAAGCUCAAGUUUACCACCAACAAUAAAUUUAUUAAUUGAUUCCCAACUCAAAACACUCGACCUCCACGCGAUGUCUUCCUCUCUGAGCUCUGGUUCCUUCCAAACGCUGGAUUUUCUUCCUGAUAAUACUGUUGUUAUACAGGACAAAAUCUACGGCAAACAUACAAUCUCCGAGCCGGUUCUAGCCGAGCUCCUGCGGUCCCCAGCUGUUCUCCGACUUGAAGGCAUUGGUCUCCAUGGUCAAACCGAUCUUCUUGGGAUCACCCACACGGUCACGCGAUUAGAACACUCCAUUGGCGCGUCACUAUUAGUGCGCAAAGUCGGUGCUAGUGUUGCAGACCAAGUUGCUGGUCUCCUACACGACAUUAGCCACACUGUCCUCAGCCAUGACGUUGACGGGGCCUUGUCGAAACCAGGAGAGAGCUUCCAUGAGGUUCAGAAAUCGCGAUAUAUCUUGACGACCGAGCUGCCGCAGAUACUCAUUAAAUAUGGAUUUACUGAUCUCAAGCCGUUCGACGAGGAGCUAUAUCCACUCGUCGAGAUGCCCGCUCCUCAUCUCUGUGCCGAUCGCCUCGAUUACUCUCUGCGAGAUGCAGUUGCCUUCGGUAAACUUACGAUUGAGGAUGCGCGGCGCGUGUACGACUCUUUGACAGCGUUUCCAGACCCGUCUUCAUCGCGUCGUUUGUUGGUCCUUCAAGACAUUGACCUGGCUCUGACUUAUGCUAGAGCUUAUAUGGAAUGCGAUAGGAACGUGUGGUGCAACCCAGCUCAUGCUGUCAUGUCCCGGAAGGUUGGUCAGUUGAUUGGAGACCUGGUAAAGCGUGGAGCAUUGCAAGAAAGGGUGCUAUGGAGCCGAUCGGAUCGUGAAUUUUGGGAGCUCUUGAAGAGUAAGGUUGACUCCCAGGGAUUGGAGAUAAUCAAAUACAUCGAAAAAGGGCCGCAUGCAGAGGAUUAUCUACGCCUGCCUCGGGGAACUAAGAUUCGCACAGUCGAUCCUGAUAUCCUCCUCCCCAAGGCAGAACAGCCAUCACCAUUGUCUGUCCUAAAGCCAGAGUUUGCUGAAGAGAGACAAGAGUACAUUCGAGCUCGCCAGGCUACGUUUGUAGAUUAAUUAUACCUCUUCUAUACUGCUAGCGGAUAGUCAACAAAAGACUGCGUUGCAAUUAGGUUACCAAUCGAUAAGCCACAAUCCGAGAACCGACCCAUAACGAGACUGUAUUCACUU